UCUCCAUUAGGCAGUCAGUCUGAUUUUUUCAAGUGCAAAGGAGGACAGAGAGGAAAAAUGUUUAAAAUAUUUUUGAUCUGUUUGUUAAUGGCGAUAGCUGCGGCUUAUCCACUAGGUUUUGGUAAUUAUGGAGGAUACGGUGGACACCAUCAUGGUGGUUUCGGAGGUCAUCAUGGAGGAUACGGUGGACAUCAUCACGGUGGUUUCGGAGGUUAUCAUGGAGGAUUUGGAGGAUUUGGAGGAUUUGGAGGACAUGGGAAACCCGGAUUUGGAUUUGGAUAUGGACGUUGAAUCAUACUGUUAAGUUAUUGUUACACGAGGAAAUUUCAAUAGAAAUACUGUAAAGUUUUAAUUAGGCUAUUUAUAUGGAAAAAAAAUGUUUAACUUUUUAUUCGAGAUUUUAUACCGAAUAAAUAUUUUUUAACGAA